UGCAAACCCCUCACCACCCCACCUUUUCCACACAUAAACAUAUAUGCCACACACACACACACCUCACUCUCAUCCCACAGCCAAUAAGGGCCUGAUGGGCUCAAGUAUCACAUACUAUAACACAAGGACUUAUUCUCUGAGCAGCGCCUUACAGACCUUCAUCUCCAUCGUCUGAGGAGUUUCUCUCCUUCUCUGAGGUGUAAAGUCUGCUGUCACCAUGUCUGACACUGAGGAAGUGGACAAUGUCGAGGAAGAGGAAGCCCAGGAGGAGGUAGUAGAAGUAGAAGUAGCCCCUGAGGCGGAGGCCCAGGUAGAAGCAGAACCAGAGGUAGAGCCUGAACCAGAACCAGAGCCAGAGGUGGUGCAGAAGGUGGUUCAUGAGGAGGAAGAGGCCUAUGAAGAGGAAGGGGAGGAGGGAGAUCAAGAUGAAGAAAAGCCAAAGUUUAAACCCACUGCUCCGAAGAUCCCAGAUGGCGAGAAAGUGGACUUUGAUGAUAUCCAAAAGAAACGCCAAAACAAAGACCUGAUGGAGCUGCAGUCACUGAUCGACGCGCACUUUGAAUGCAGGAAGCAGGAGGAAGAAGAACUCAUUGCUCUCAAAGAGAGAAUUGAAAAGCGUCGUGCCGAGCGAGCUGAGCAGCAGAGGAUUCGCGCCGAGAAAGAUAAAGAGCGGCAGGCGAGGCGGGAGGCUGAGCGGAUGAGAAAGGAGGAGGCCGACGUCCAGAGAAAGGUCGAUGAUGAAACCAAGAAGAAGAUCGCCCUGACCAACAUGGGAUCGGGCUUCAGCAGCCACCUGCAGAGGAUUGAACAAAGGAGAGGCAAGAAGCAGACUGAAAGAGAAAAGAAGAAGAAGAUCCUUGCAGAGAGAUGCAAACCCCUGAACAUCGAGAGUCUCAGCGAUGACAGCCUGAGAGAAAAGGCGAAAGAGCUGUGGGAGUGGCUGCACAACCUCGAAGCGAUAAAAUACGACCACUGUGAGAAGCUUAAGAGGCAGAGAUAUGAGGUUGUCUCUCUCAGGAACCGCAUUGAUGAACUGCAGAAGCACAGCAAGAAGGGAGCCGCCACGCGCCGCAGGAAGUGAGCAGCUCCUCGGUGGCGGUCAGCCCCAACAGGAGGCAUCUUCAGCAGGCCACAGCAUCAGCUCCAGUAACCCACCCGAUGACACCCGCAGCUCUGGAGCAACAGCAACUAACUGAGUGCCUGUGUUUACUUAAGCGAGAUGGUUUGGGGAUGAUUUUAGCUCAAGUAAAGAAAUAAAAAUGUAAAAACAAAAUGCUGCUAUGGUUGUGUAAAGAACAUGUGACACUUUAAACAACAA